AUGUGCGGCAUCUGGGCGGUUUUUGGAAGCGAUGGAAAUGUGUCCGAACUGUACCACAACGCCUGGAAGAUCGCGCACCGUGGACCAGACUCCUCACGCAUGGAGAACAUCAUCCAUUUCAAGAGUUGCUGUCUGGCCUUUCACCGAUUGGCUAUCAUGGAUGACGUGUUUGGCGAGCAGCCAAUGAGGGUCCGCGCCUAUCCCCACAUCUGGCUUCUUUACAACGGAGAAAUUUAUAACUUCCGCCUGCUGCAGAAGCAGUUUGACUUCCAGUACCUCACAGAGUGCGACGGGGAGGCCAUUAUUCACCUGUAUGCCCAGGGAGGGGCGGAGUAUGCCGCCUCCAUGCUGGAUGGUGUCUUUGCAUUCUGUUUGCUGGACACGGCUGCCAAGAAGGUAUUCCUUGGGCGUGAUACCCACGGUGUCCGGCCGAUGUUCAAACUGUGUAGAGAGGACAGCUUUCUUGCCAUCUGCUCCGAGGCCAAAGGAAUCUUGGAGUUGGAGCAAGCAGACAACAACCACAAGGAGGAGACUGUUCCAUUUCUACCGGGAUACGUGGAAAGUUACGACUUGGCCCCCUCUGGCAAAGUAACACUGCGCCAGUUCACACAGUUUCAUAGCAUUGAAAGGAAACCGAAAUGGUCCGAUAUCCCACUGGCCAUCCAACCCCAUGGAGAGGACAUGUAUGCAAACAUUCGGAUUCUGUUCACUGACGCGGUUAAGAAACGGCUCGUGUCACACCGGCCGCUUGGGUGCCUCUUAUCAGGUGGACUUGACUCGAGUUUAGUCGCAGCGCUAGUGGUGAAACUGGCCAGAGAAGCCGAUAUUCAGUACCCUCUGCAGACGUAUACUAUCGGUGUGGACGGCAGCUCGGACACGCGAGCGGCCCGACAGGUGGCGAAGCACAUUGGCAGUGAGCACCACGAGGUUCCCUUCUGCCCCGAUGAAGGCACGGCCAUCUUGGAAGACGUCAUCUAUUCCCUGGAGAGUUACGACGUCAAUACGGUCAGACCUGCCGUGUGCAUGUAUCUAAUAUCCCGCUACAUCCGUGAACAAACAGACCGGGUAGUGAUCUUCUCCGGGGAGGGUUCGGACGAGUUGACCCAAGGAUACCUCUAUUUCCAUCAGCAACCGUCAGCCAAGGAAGGGGACGAGGAGGGUAGACGCCUCCUCAAAGACCUGUACCUAUAUGAUGUUCUGAGAGCUGACCGGAUGACUGCAGCUCACGGAUUAGAGCUCCGUGUACCGUUCUUGGACCAUCACUUUACUUCUUACUACCUCUCACUCCCAGCCGAGGCAAGGUGCCCUAAGUUGGGAAUUGAGAAGUACCUCCUGCGUAAGGCCUUCGACGGAACUGGACUCCUUCCCCCGAAAAUCUUGUGGCGUCAGAAAGAAGGGUUUGGCGAAGGCGUGUCUUCCAGGAAGAAAUCCUGGUUGGACAGUCUGACUGAGUUCGCCAACGAGAAAGUGAAUCCUAGUUCAGUCGAUGAUACUGAAUUCAGAUGCGCUGAAGAGUUGUUUCCCUUCAAUCCACCCAAGACCAAGGAGGCCUUCUAUUACCGCCAGAUCUUCGAGAAGCGCUUCCCGGGCCAUGCCCGGUGGAUUCCCUACGCAUGGCUGCCCAAGUGGGACGAGGACACAAGCGCCCCAUCUGGCAGAGUGCAGACAAUACGCCAAGGGACUGGAUUCACAAAAGCGGGUAGAAAAAGUUUGGAGGAAGGAAGCAGUCCAGGCGUAGCUAAAUCCUAACCCUGCUAGAUUGGAUUUGUUGGAUUUUGUAGGAAUGACAAAGGCAGAGUCCAGUACCUGUAAUAUUCA